AGGAAACUGGGGUUGAACUCUAUGUGGCCGUGUUUUCCGAGGGGUGAAUGGAACUUGGUUGGGCCAACAUUGAGAGCAGGGGUAGAUGCCUUGAGUCAUAUAAAUAGAGGGAUGAAUUUAGGCAUCAGUAUCAGUAGCCUUACUCAGCGCAACCAGUCAAACCAAACAAACAAUCAACAUGAACAAGUUCUUGAUCAUCUGUUCUCUUCUCGUCAUCUCCUCAAUGAUGACCGAGGCCAUCUUUGAUGGAGGCAUCAUCUCCAUUCCCGCCGGACUUGCUCUAGCGGGUAUUGUGGGUCUCAAGGUCGCCGGAGGCAUCGGAUUCGGUGCCGGAGUUUUGGCCUCUCGUGGUGGCCGUCGUGGUGGUCUUCGCUUUGGCCGAUCGGUCGAGUCCAUCGAAGACCGUUUCCUCCAAGCCAGUGUGGAUGAUGCCGAUGAUUGCGCUAAGAAAUUGGUGUGCAUGGUCAACGCCACUCCUGAGGAAUCCAUGACUGCCGAGGAGAAGGUUGUCGCCGAGAUGUUCGGUUACCAAGAUGAGAUCAAUGUGUCUAAGAGCUCUGUUGAGUUUGAUUUGGCUGCUCUUGUGGGUCGUAAGGCUGGUCCCGCCCAGUGCAAGUCAAUCUAUGCCCGUUGCCCUCACAAUCAAAAGUACCUGAUUGAGGUGCUUGGGGCUUAGGUUCGAAGUUGCAUUGCUGAAGUUCAAAGAAAGCAAAGUUAUGUUUUACAAUUGUCAUUUUAUCGAAACCAAAAAUUCAAAAUCCAAUAAAGAAAGACGAACUUGCUGUUCGAUGUAUUAAAAAGGUUAAAA